AUGGCGACAGUAAACAUUCCCAAAUUACAAAAGGCUGCCGUCAAGGUUGGCAGCGGAGCGGAUGCCAAAGCUCCUGUUCAACAAAUUGACGUUCCUACUCCAGCUCCAUCAGAAAUCCUCGUCAAAAUCAACUGGCAAGUGACUGGUCUAUGUGCCUCCGAUAAAUCACUGAUCCUUGAUGAGUGGGCACCGUUCGGAGUCGCCAUGCAACCAAGUACCAAAGGAAUUGCUGGUCAUGAAGGCGCCGGUGUGGUCGUUGCAGUCGGCGAUGAUAUGCAUCACAAAUGGAAGGUAGGAGAUCGUGCUGGUAUCAAAUGGGUCUGGAGCACUUGUGGCGAAUGCGAGUUUUGUACCAAUGGUGUCGAUGAGCUUCAUUGCCCUCAGCAGAAAAACUCCGGCUUCACGGCGGCGGGAACUUUUCAACAAUACGCUCUGAGUGAUGGGAGAUACACGACACGAAUUCCUGACGGGGUUACGGACGAAGAAGCAGGUCCCAUUAUGUGCGGUGGAGUCACUGCUUAUACGGCUUGCAAAAGGAGUGGAGUGAAACCGGGUCAAUGGAUUGUCCUUCCUGGUGCGGGUGGUGGGCUCGGCCACUUCGCUGUACAAUACGCGAAAGCUAUGGGUAUGCGCAUCAUUGCUAUCGACGGAGGCGAUGAGAAGAAGGAGCUCUGCAAGAAGCUCGGUGCUGAGGAAUUCAUCGAUUUCACCAAAGUUCAAGAUAUUCCGGCCGAGGUUAUGCGGAUCACGAAAUACGGUGCUCAUGGCGUUAUUGUUACUGCCGCAACCAAAGAGGCUUAUGCUUCCGCACCUGGAUUGCUCCGUCCUGGUGGUACAGUCGUUGCUGUUGGUUUGCCCAAGGACCCCACUGUGAUUGCUGGCGCACCUCCUCUCAUGAUGUGCUUGAGGAAAUUAAACGUCGUGGGCAGUGUCGUUGGUACAUUGAAGGAUGUGGAAGAAGCUCUGGAUUUCACAGCCCGGGGUUUGGUUCACCCUAUCUUGACCAAAGGAACUUUAGAAGAUUUGGACAAAUACAUAGGUUUAAUGAUCGCUGGUAAGCUUGCUGGAAGAGCUGUACUGAAAGUAUCAUAG